UCAUUGUAUAUUACCAGCUUAACCACUUCUUCCACCCUUUCCUUCUUUUAAUUCUCUCUCUCUCUCUCUCUCUCUCUAAACUUCAACUCAAACUCGCUACCGUUUCCAAUCACAAGCAUUUCUCUGAUCGGAAGUAAUUAGCUUGGUAUUAUUUGAGCCUUUUUCUUUAUUUAUGUGCAAAUGAAGUUUGCAUAUUCGGUGCUAAAGUGCUGAUAUCUUUGAGGUCACGGAAUUCACACUGUUUCAUUUCAUUUUUUCCAGAACUUGAGUGGCUUUUUUUUUCUCUGGGAUUAUCAAUCCCAUCAUCUAUGAAGAAACUUUGGCUUAUAUCUGCUCUCAGUUUUCUGUUGGUGGUAUUACUGGGGGUUGAAAUAAUAUCAGCAGCUGAUUAUGUAGCAACGGAUCAGUUUUUCUUGAACUGUGGAGGCCCCCCUGAUUCCACCGAUCCUGACGGUCGAAAAUGGACAUCAGAUAUCGGGUCAAAGUUCGCAUUGUCUACAACCAAAUCUUCAACUUCCCCAGCAGCUACCCAAAAGCCAUCAGUCCCAGAAGUUCCUUACAUGACCGCUCGAAUUUUCCAAUCCGAAUUCACCUACAGUUUCCCUGUUGCCCCCGGCCGCAAAUUUGUCCGUCUCUAUUUCUAUCCAGCGACCUAUAAUGGUUUAGAAGCUUCCAAUGCUAUCUUCUCGGUAACUUCCGGAUCAUUCACUCUCAUGAAAAACUUCAGCGCCUCUCAAACAACCGAGGCUCUAAACUACGAUUACAUAAUGAAGGAGUUCUCCAUGAAUAUUCCGUCCGAAGUGUUGAAUGUCACAUUCACCCCUUCGCCCAACACAUCCAACUCGUACGCAUUUGUGAACGGCAUAGAGGUCGUAUCGCAUCCCGAUAUUUACAGUACAGACGGGACCGUAAAAGUCGUCGGUCAGACUACUGGCUUCAAUAUCGACAACGGUACGGCACUCGAGAAUGUCUACCGGCUGAAUGUGGGCGGAAACGACAUUUCACCCUCUCGCGAUACAGGUCUCUUUAGAUCGUGGCGCGACGAUUCAAGCUAUAUAUACGGUGCUGCAAAUGGUGUUACGGAGGUUCCUGAUUCGAAUGUGACCGUUGGAUACCCUUCUGGAUCGCCGAGUUACAUUGCCCCGAUUGAUGUGUACCGUACUUUGAGAUCGAUGGGUCCGACUACAGCCGUUAACCAGAACUACAAUCUAACUUGGCAGUUUAAUGUCGAUACUGGCUUCUCGUACUUAGUUAGGCUCCACUUCUGUGAGAUAACUGAUGUUAUUACUAAAGUGAACCAAAGAGUUUUUAUUAUCUUUAUGGGUAAUCAGACGGCGGAGAAGGAGGCAGAUGUGAUUGCUUGGGGCGGCGGCAAAAAUGGGAUUCCCAUUCACAAGGAUUAUGUUGUCUUUGUUCCGACUGGGCCUCCACAGCAACUGCUUUGGCUUGCUUUGUAUCCUAAUAUUGCAUUGAAACCCCAGUACUAUGAUGCUAUCUUGAAUGGAGUUGAAAUAUUUAAAGUGAGCGACCCUCGUGGCAAUCUUGCCGGUCCAAAUCCGGACCCACUUCCUCCGGUACCGGUUGACACCUCGCCUCAGCAGUCCUCAAGCUCUGGUAAAAACCACAAAGCUAUUAUAGGAGGAGGUGUUGGUGGUGGGAUCGCUGCAAUUCUUCUUCUCGGUUUGUGCGUGUGUGUUAUUUCCCGAAGGCAGAUGCAAAAGAAGGAUUCCAGCACGAGUGACGGUUGGCUGCCUCUGUCUCUGUACGGAAACUCGCAUUCUUCGGGUUCCGCCAAGACAAACACCACCGGAAGCUACGCCUCAACCCUCCCGUCAAAUCUCUGCCGCCACUUUUCAAUCGCUGAGAUCAAGGCCGCCACGAAUAACUUCGACGAAUCUCUCCUGCUCGGUGUCGGAGGCUUCGGCAAAGUCUACCGUGGAGAAAUCGACAGCGGCACCAAGGUGGCAAUCAAGCGUGGGAACCCACUCUCAGACCAGGGGGUGCACGAGUUCCAAACCGAGAUCGAGAUGCUGUCAAAACUUCGCCACCGUCACUUGGUCUCUCUCAUAGGAUACUGCGAGGAGAACUCCGAGAUGAUCCUUGUGUACGAUUACAUGGCUUACGGAACCCUUCGUGAGCAUCUGUACAAGACCCAAAAGCCACCAUUGCCAUGGAAGCAGAGGCUCGAGAUUUGCAUAGGCGCAGCUCGUGGAUUGCAUUAUCUCCACACCGGUGCUAAGCAUACUAUAAUUCACCGCGAUGUCAAGACCACUAACAUCCUAUUGGACGAGAAAUGGGUAGCGAAAGUUUCCGAUUUCGGCCUUUCGAAAACGGGGCCCGCGCUCGAUCAUACACAUGUCAGCACAGUGGUGAAGGGUAGUUUCGGGUAUUUGGACCCAGAGUACUUCAGGCGGCAGCAGCUCACGGAGAAAUCGGACGUGUACUCGUAUGGAGUUGUACUUUUCGAGAUAAUAUGUGCUAGGCCAGCUUUGAACCCUACACUUCCUAAAGAACAAGUGAGCUUGGCGGAGUGGGCCCAGCACUGUCAUAAGAAGGGAAUACUGGAGCAGAUGAUGGAUCCUUAUCUGAAAGGAAAGAUUGCACCAGAGUGUUUCAAGAAAUUUGCCGAGACAGCGGUGAAGUGUGUGUCUGACGUAGGGACAGACAGGCCUUCCAUGGGAGAUGUUUUGUGGAACCUUGAGUUUGCUCUGCAGCUACAGGAGAGUGCAGAGGAAAGUGGAAAGGGGGUUCUUGGAGAAAUGGACAUUGAAUCGUACGAGAUUACAAGCAAGGGUGGGAAGAAGGAUCCGGAUUCUUCUUUGGGUUUUGAUGGAAAUAUUACGGAUUCGAAAAGCAGUGGAAUGUCGAUGAGUAUUGGUGGCCGUAGCCUUGCAAGUGAAGACUCUGAUGGGCUUACUCCAAGUGCUGUCUUUUCUCAGAUAAUGAAUCCUAAAGGGAGGUAAAAUCAUAUUACCUACAUUUGUGUUUAAGUUCAUCGGGUUCCUACUACAGACACAGACGAUGAAGGAAGCCACCGUACCUUUUUAGUCCUAUUAACCACGGCAAAAGUUUUUUUUUUUUUUUUUCCUUUUAUUUAUUCUUUUUACUUGAGUAUUUUCUUUUGAUGUGUUUUGCUGGAACCUUGUAUAAGUUGUAUUAUACUCAAAGAUGUGUGACAAAUAUUUGUUCUUUUGUUUGGUGCCUAAUGCUUAUAUAUAUGAAUUAUGAUAUAUUUCGAGUG